AAUCGAACGUAUGAAGAACAUGGUGCUCAGGAUCACGCCAGAAAAUGGGGGAUAGUAGUAAAAGUGAAGUAUGCCAUCAUUUUAAACAUUAUUUCGCUCCGCCAACGAGGAACACACGUGGAAUAAACCGUGACAGUUCAACACCAAUGUUAAAUAGACGCAUGGAUUUCAGUGGGUAUUAACCUGCAGCAUGUUGGAAGUAAUUGUUAUUGUUUUCAUCUCUCUUCGGUUUGCUAGCUUUUAAGCUAGUUAGCGUUUAGCAGCACAGCAGCUAGUUGUUCACUAUCGCGAUCCAAAAUAAGGGCGAGUGGCAGUUGUUGAAGUUCCGAGUAGCUUCUUAAGCAGAACAUUUUGCGCUUCUCGGUUUCUUGUCGAAUAAUGUUAGUCCUGCGGUGAUUGUUUAUGCAUGAUGGGAAGCUACUAGCUGUUAGCGGCUAAGCUAAUUAGCUAAGCUUACGCCGGGCUGUUUCCAGCAACAUCAUGACGGAUUUGCAAGGCAAAUGUGUAGGUUUGACGUGCUUUAUUUAUAGUUUACAGUGUACUGUUUUAUUACGGUUAUGGUUGACUGAUGAGUAAAUUAGCCCUCUUUUAAAGCUUGUUUAGUCAUUAAAGCUAUGGUUCAUUCUGUGGCUUAUUUUCGUUAUGAAUAUGCGGACUGAGUCCAUCUCAAACGUGGGAUUGCGUUCCGAGUCAAAGAGUUUGUACUUGUCAAAAGGACACACUAUUAGUGUCCAAAGAAAUUCCCACACCUUGCUGAAAGAAACGCAUGACUCUGUUGUUAUCACUCUCAAGGACGCGGGGCAGCGUUUUGUUAAAUCAAGAAACCUGGCCAAGGAUCUGGGUGGGAAAGCUGCUCGGCCUUUAUUGCCAGUGGGACAAAACAAAGCUGGUGCUUUUGGGACCUGCUCUGAGAGCUCAGACAAAGCAGCGUCUCAAACCAAACCAAUGGGGGGCGAAGGAACCCCUGUUAAAAGCAAAACUCCAUUUGGACAUACCAGUGCUACUGAUAAUAAAGCAGAAUUUGUUUCAAUGAAUUCCCACAAUUCUAGAGAUUCUGGUGGUGAGGACAGCUUAAAGGGGUUCGAAACUAUGGGGGCUCACAGCGUGGCGCCUCAUGAACACACGGAAGGCAAAAGAAACAACCUGAGGAAGACCUCUAGCCUUCCAAGUUCACAAGCCAACUGUUUUCAUCAGCUACUUUUGCUUCAGCUGGACCUGAUUGAGCAGCAGCAGCAGCAGCUACAGUCUAAGGACAAGGAGAUAGAUGAGUUAAAAGCGGAUAGAGACACGCUGCUUGCACGGAUUGAGAGGAUGGAACGGCGUUUACAGUUGAUGAGUAAGGAACCACGGGAUAAGCGUCUUUUUCAACCCUUAGAGAGAUGGGUCCCAGACACUGAUGACUUCUGGGAUUCAGAUGUAGGAGAGAGCCCUCAGACCACCACACCUAAGACCCCCUUUAGUCGAAGCAGCAAAGCGCAAAAGAGGAGAUGUGGGUUCUUGGAUUCCAAAAUACAGAGGUCACAGGGGAAGUCUUCCAGGUUAACCCCACAGAAGCCUGACACUGGUGCAGCCUCUCCAUGUCAGAGGGAGCUGCGAAACAAAGAGACGCCAGAGAAGACAGCGCCUGGGAGAUCAUCAGGCUCGACGGAGAUGUCAGCAGAUGCAGAAGAGAGCUGUGAAAAUGAAGACUUUCCAUACAUGACAACAACAGAAAUGUACCUGUGCUGCUGGCACCAACCUCCUGUCUCUCCCCUCUGUGAGACAUCCCCCAAGAAAGAGGACGAUGUUGCCAUUCCAUCCUGGCGGGAAAACAGCAUUGAGCCUCUGAGGGAGGAGGAUGCCUUAGAUAAUUCAGAGAAUCUUGAGGAUGGGGUGUUUCUGAAACGUCACUCAAAGCUUGAGCUGGAUGAAAAGAGAAGGAAAAGAUGGGACAUUCAGAGGAUACGGGAACAGCGCAUGCUUCAACGGCUGCAACAGCGCAUGGAAAAAAGAAAACUAAAUAUUCAGGAGUGUGAACCAGAGGUUUCCUCAUUUUAUCCUGAUGCGGAUGACGUGGAUUCUGUUGUUAUAACACCAUUUCUGCCAGUGGUGGCCUUUGGCCGGCCUUUACCCAAGCUGACUCCACAGAACUUUGAGCUGCCAUGGCUUGAUGAAAGAAGUCGUUGCCGUAUAGAAAAUCAGAAAAAACAAACUCCUCAUAGGACCUGUCGGAAAUAAGGCAGUCCAGCACUGUUUGAGUGCACACGCUGAAUGUUGAAUGCUGCAGGAUACUUGAUCAACUUCAUGGAUUUGUGUGGGUUUACAGUUAAACUGCAAUAAAAUGCCAUGUAACUUUAUGAGAAAAUGGCUGCAUUGCAGAUCUAUUUAUGUUACUGUUUGUUGGGACGAAUCCAUCAUUAGAAUGCCCUGUAAUUUUCUUUUGAAAUGCUUAUUGUGUUUAGUCAUUGAGUUCUGUAAAAAAUAGUUCUGGUCCUGGUCUAUUUUUAUAUAAAUGGUAUUAUGGGACAUUGCUUCAAGCAAUGCUUUCACCUUGUGGGUAUUGUAUAUCUCAUGCAUACUUUGCAUGUAACGCCGUGAAUGGUCAUAUUCUGCACACAGUGGACUUUUGAAUAAACAGUGCUGAAAUGUACAAAUUCUAUAUACAUGCACCAUAUAAUGGCGGGAAUACACACAGUGAGAGUACGAGUCUAAUGUCCUCCAAAUCUAAAUUUAAAUUUUAGAAUGCAUGAUUGUCUAUUGACACAUUGUACCGAAUUUCAAUUCAAUUAAAAAUGUUAACCAACAGAAAGUUAA